ACGUCCAGGUCACAUGACACCGUCUGUCAACAGGAGUGGGCACCGCCUGGUCGGGAAGCAGCUGGAUAUGUCCGAGCUAUUCUUUCUUCUGUAUAAAAGUCUCUUUUUCAUAGACUUUUCUGAGCGUCAUGAACGACUGGACAAGUUCCGUGUUUGACGUAAUAGAUAGUUAAAGUUCGCUAGCCUAGCAUUAGCUCAAUGUAAAUGAACAGUGUGCUUAGAGGCUAAAGAUGCAACUGCUAGCAGCAGUAGCUGAACCGCUUUAAACUCUGAACGAAACAAUUUUCACUUAAUGCUGUUUGACCUACACUGUAGCACAGGUUAGAGGAACUAUGACGUCGGUUCUUAUUUGUUUUGCUAGCUACAUAGCAUAUAUGUAGCCACAGUGUCCGUUUCUAACUAAAACACGCAGGUUGAGGAACAGUUACUGUCCUGCACAGAUCUUCUGAACCAUCUAUGGCUUUUUAAUAUUGCAACUUCUUGUUCAAACAGCUUUACUUCCUGAAUGACCGGGGCAGCUAUGGUCGAGCGCAUAUAUGAAGCAGUAGAAUGAAUAUAAGCCUUCAGAGGCGAUGCAACCAUCUUUCACGGAGAACUGCUCAGCUUGACAUAUCCACCAGCUGACUAACAGUUACCGGGGAGAGAACUGACUCUCUGUAGGAGAACCCCUUCAUUUAGUAGAACAGGCCGGAUACUCUGUUGCAAUGGCUGCUGUAAGUGGUGGAAACACGCUCGGAUUGGUGGCGCUGGCAGCCGGUCCGGGAGGAGCGGCUCUACCGGCGGUGUCCGCGGCCAACACAACGGCGGCAUCCUGGAGCCCAGCGCCGGGGACAGAUACCCGGGGCUGCGAGAACGGCGCCCUGAUGGACUCUUUUGGUAUUUUCCUGCAGGGCCUUUUGGCUGUGAUGGCUUUCAGCACGCUCAUGUUAAAACGCUUCAGGGAGCCCAAACAUGAAAGGAGACCCUGGAAGAUUUGGUUCUUGGACACCUCAAAACAAGCAAUCGGGAUGCUUUUUAUCCACUUUGCAAAUGUCUAUCUAUCAGACCUUACAGAAGAGGAUCCCUGCUCGCUAUACCUCAUUAACUUCUUGUUGGAUGCCUCUCUGGGCAUGCUGCUCAUAUAUGCAGGAGUAAAGGUUGUCAGUGCUAUAGUUGAAUGGAGGCAGUGGGACGCUCUGCGUUUUGGAGAAUAUGGAGAGCCAGUGCAGUGCACUGCAUGGUUGGGCCAAUGUGUCCUCUACAUCGUCAUCGUGAUGUUUGAGAAAGUUCUCAUGAUGUUGGUCCUUCUUAUCCCCCAGUGGAAGAAGCUGGCUCUCCUCAAUCCCAUAGAGAAUCCUGACCUGGAACUGGCCAUUGUCAUGCUCAUCGUUCCAUUCUUUGUCAAUGCUCUCAUGUUUUGGGUGGUAGAUAAUUUCCUAAUGAAGAAGCACAGGACAAAAGCAAAGAUUGAGGAAAGAGAUGAGGACUCGCGUGGGAACAGCAAAGUUCGCUACCGACGAGCACUUUCUCAUGAUGACUCGGAGUCAGAAAUCCUUUUCUCAGCAGAUGAUGAGAUGGAUGAGUCGGAUGAAGACGAUGUUCGUCGACUCACUGGUCUGAAGUCUGUGAAAAAGAAAAAGCUUCGAAUGGGGAUUCCUUCAGGCGAGGUGAAAAAGAAGAAGCGGCCACCGAUGAAGGAGGAGGACUUGAAAGGAGCUCGCAGUAAACUUGGACUGAAGGGCGAGGUCAAAAGUAAGACGUAUGAGGUCAUGGUGGAGUGUGAACGUAUGGGGAAGGUGGCUCCAUCUGUGUUCAGCGGCGUGAGGACAGGAACAGAAACAGUUCUUGCCAAGCCUGAUGCUCCCAAACAUCCUUCAGCCAGUGUCUUCAGCAAGUAGCCACACAAUUAAAGAAGCAGCACUAAGAGAAAGAAGUGCUGUAGUCUUUGCCUUCACAGGCCAGAACUGGAUGGCAGUCUGUAGAAGUGAAUAUUUGUGAAGUUUUAGAGGGAUGAAAACACUAGUUUUGUUCAAAUAGUGUAUUUUGAUAUAAAUGUUGUUUGUGCUAUGUUUUGCUUUUUUGUAUUUGCCCAUCUGUUUGAAUAAAUAAUUUUCCUGUUUUAAAAUGCA